GGUAACUAAGUAGGUAGAUAUAGCUGGCACAUGUGACUGCGUCUAGAAACGGAUCAAGAAAUGUGUUCGCGUUUAGUCGUGAUCGUGCUUAACUAUUAAGAGGUACUAAUCGUUACCUAUAUUACUACAUGCCUAAUGAUACUCAUUAUUUUUUUUAUCUUCCCUGCAAAAUCUCGUAUCCGAGAUAAUACGAAUAAUAUUUAAUUUCACAGUGCGGUCGUAUUUCUGUAUAUUUUUGUAAAUUUAAUAAUAAACGUAUAAGUACAUAGUUACCAGGUGAGUGAUGAACACACGUUUUUAUUAAAAUUUUUCAGGCGUGAAGUGAUGUGAAAUACCAAGAGAUAUUAUCACUGUCAAAUCUAUACCUAUUCUGCCGGAGCGUAAUAAUGACACUGCGACGUCACUUGACGUUAGCCCUAUGUCUAGCUCUAUUUUGUAUGAUAGAAUGGACGAGUGGAUCGAAGUUGAGGAAACAGCGUGAGACAACAAUUAUGAAGUUUGUCAAGUUACUAUUCUAUAGGUUGAUUUACGGUUUCGCCAAUAUGAUCGGUAUGGGAGAAGUGGCUGAAGAAUUUGGUGACGGAGUGCUAGCUCCUCCGGACAGCGAUUAUCGACAAGAAGACGCAGAGGACGAUUAUUACAACGACAAUAAGAACGACGAUUAUUACAAUUAUGAAGAAUAUUGAUAUCAAGACCGAACGAACCCUGCUUAGAAUAUUUAUAAACUAUUAAUUAGUGUAAUUAAUAUUAAUAUUACUACCUAUACUCUAUUCAAGUUGAGCUUACUGACUUUUGCGCAUUCCUAUUGAGUCCACAACGAUACAAAUUAUGUGAUGAAUGAUAUUAUACUUCAUUAUACCUUGUAACGUGUUGCUUACAGCGUUAACUUGAAUAGAGUACCACAGCUAGUCGCUAUACCAUUUUAAUUAUUCUGUUUCACUCUAAUAGAAAGUGAUGAAUGUUUAUUUGCAUAUUUUUACUAUGUCUUAUUAAUUUUACAUAAUCAUUUGGUAAACAUUUUUAGAGUGAACGUUAAAUUUGCAAUUUUAUAACUUUAUUGUAAACGGGUAUAAUACACGCGAGUAUGGUAUCUUCUUAGUGCUUUGCAAUUUUUGUUCAGAAAAUUGCUUACCAAUAAUUGUAAUGUUGUAAUACAUAUAGGUUAGGUAAUAUUAUUAUAUUAACUAUAAAUUAUAAUAUAUUUAUUUUAUAAAAUAUAUUUAUAUGUAUAAUUAUUUGUAUAUGUGUGUGUAUCUGUAUAGUACUUUCUUUAUAUUUCAUACUUCAUAAUUUAUAUUUAUAUACAUGAUACAAUAUACGACCUCAUAAUAUCUUGGCAAGUUAUCUAUAGUUUUAGUACCGUCAACAUUUUAGAUUUAAUUGUUUAGAAUUUUCAGAUGAUGAUUAUAGUGAAAUAGACAUAAUAUAUUUAUUAUUUUGUCAAUUCCUUCUGCUUUCAAUAGAUACACCAGCAAUUGCAGCAUCUUAAAGUCAGGCGUAUAAAAAUAAAUUAAACGAUGAAUGCAUCUAGUUUCAUAUUAAAUAAAUCUCAAUUUUUAAUUUAACAUAUUUUAUUGACUGCAGUGGUUCUAUAUUUAUAUGCGUCCGUCCUAUGUUUAUUUUAUAAUAAGCCUUUCGAAGAAAUGUGACUGAGUAUAAUGAAAAUAAUGUAUUUACAAAUUAUAGUAGAUACCUAUUGACUGAUUUAUAUUUACUUUUAUUACUUUGAGUCCUAAAACAUAACGUCAUAAACUAUUAUGUAUUACUUAUUAAAUAAUAUAAUUUAUUAUACUACACUUAUCUGUAUAUGUAAUUUAUUUUUGUAACAAUACAAUUUAAAUUAAAAAUAAAUAAAACCGUAUUCAAACAUUGACUGAACGAUCCUCAAUUAAGUAUAGAAACCUUCUAUGCAUGGUUGCCCGGAGGAGGGGUAAAACGGGGCAUUUCCUCCUCCCUGAAAUUCAAAUAGAAUGUAUAUAUUAAUUUUUAUUUUGAUUUAUAAACAUUUCAUCGAUAUUUUUACUUUAGUCUGUGGGGUUGGUAUUUGAUUUCAUAUAAUUCUAACACAUUUUGUACUUUACAAGGAAUAAACUUUUUUUAUUGUAUUUUUUGGUGUUUGAUUUCAUUAUGAAUCUCGUCUUUGUAAUUUUUAAAUUUUAAUUUUAAUCUUCUGGUCUUUGACUUUAUAUCAAUAAUCAACUAUAUAUACCUAUUUAUUUGAUAUUUUUAUUCUAUUGUAUUUCUGUUUAUUUUAUAAAAUGUUUUUUACUGUCUAAAUUUAAUUUAAUUACUCCCUAUCUCUAACUCAAGCAUUGCUUAUAAGAGAUAGAUAAUCAUUUUGAUUCUGUAUGUCAAAAUGUAAACUUGUACUUAUAUUAUGAUUCAAUAAAAAAAAAAAAUAUGCUCCUCCCUGAUAAAUUUCCUGCGGGUGCCCAUGCUUCCAUGUAUAGGGAAGCUAAAUAUAGCCAAAUAGUAUUAUAUACAAAGAUAGGUUCCUACUAUAUUCUGUACAAAAUAAACUGAACCAAUGACGAAAUAUGCAUCAUCUAUUCCGAUCACCUUCGAUUGCCCACAAUAGUGAUCUCAUUACAGUAUGAAAAAGCGUCCAUUCCUGAACAGCCGGCUGCAGUCAUCAGACAACGUUUCCGACUUCCUAUUUGGCCCCUUGGGAUGGAAGAAAUCCUGAUAAUGAAGGAAGAGAACAAAAAGGUGAGGCAGAACAUAGAUAGCAAUAAUUGAGAACGAGGAACUUGAAAGUAAGCAACUGUCAUCGUAACCCCAUCGAAGGUACUUCAUAUCAUAUCACUCAUAGGGAGGGUCGACAGUCAUAGCAUCGAAAAGGCAUAUAAACAUUCAGGACGGCGAUCUUCAGUCGGCCCGUCAACAAAAAUGUCUGUAAAUAAAACAUUGUGAGGGCGUAAAGCAGGGCAUGCCCGAUGUAACCCAUUUGGCUAUUGUAUAACUAGGUAUCAGAAAUCGUUGUUUAUCAAUAAACGAUGGCGACGUGGCAACAGUAAUGCAAAAGCACUUCCCUCAGCGUCAGUUAUACAAAACUGAAAAAAAUAAAAAAUGUUUCUUUACUAUAUAUUAACUACAUAUCUUAAAUCAUCUUCUGAAUUUUUUUUCGCUA